GCGACAAUCUCGAGACUUGAUUGCGAAGCGCAGGGUACACGACUGCCAAGAUGCCGUCAACACACAAUGUGGAUAAGCCAUGGGAUACUGAUGACAUCGAUAAGUGGAAGAUCGAGCCCUUCAAGCCCGAAGACAACACGGCAGGUGCCUUCACCGACGAGUCCCGCUUUAGCACCCUCUUUCCAAAGUACCGCGAACAGUACCUGAAGGGCUCCUGGAAAUUCAUCACCCAGGCACUGCAAAAGCAAGGCAUCGGGUGCGAGCUCAACCUCGUUGAGGGUUCCAUGACAGUAUGGACGACGCAGAAAACGUGGGAUCCUGCGGCUAUCUUGAAUGCGCGCGAUUUAAUCAAGUUGCUUGCAAGAAGUGUACCGGCGCCACAAGCGGUUAAGAUUCUCGACGACGAAGUUGCCAUGGACAUUAUCAAGAUAAGGAAUUUGGUUGGCAAUAAAGAGCGUUUUGUGAAGAGGCGGCAGCGCAUCCUAGGCCCCAACGGAUCGACGCUCAAGGCACUGGAACUGUUGACCGAGUGUUACCUGCUCGUACAAGGAAAUACGGUUGCGGCCAUGGGCCCCUACAAAGGCCUGAAGCAGGUGCGGCGCAUCGUCGAAGACACCAUGCACAACGUUCACCCCAUCUACGCCAUCAAAGAGCUCAUGAUCAAGAAGGAGCUUGCCAAGGACCCGGAGCUUGUCAACGAGAGCUGGGAUCGUUUCCUACCCAACUUCAAGAAGCGCUCGCUCAGCAAGCGACGCGUACCCCACAAGGUCAACGACAAGACCAAGAAGACAUACACACCGUUCCCGCCGCCGCAAGAAAAGAGCAAGGUGGAUCUGCAGAUCGAGAGCGGCGAGUACUUUUUGGGAAAGCAUGCAAAAGAGAGGAAGGUGCAAGAGGAGAGGGAGGAGAAGAUGAAGGACAAGAUGGAUGCGAAGAGGAGAGAAAGGAUGCAGGAGUAUGUGGCGCCCGAGGAGGAUGGUGGUGAGAAGAAGAAGAAGAAAAGGAAGAGAGAGGAGGGCGCGGGCAAGGAAAAGAAUAAGAAGAAGAAGCGCAGUGGGGAGGACGCUGACGAUUCAUGA